GUGGCGGCCUGUUCGAUUAUUACGGUGUCUGUUUCAUAUCGAGUAAAUCGGUGUAAAAACACUUUAAUGUCUUUAAAAAUGCACUCUGAAAAUCUACGAUGGGAGACUUUAGAAGCUCUGAAAAACUCUCCGAAGGGGAAUCUCAAAUACAGUCCAGACUGGCUGGAGAAGAGGGAGGAUGUUCUGGCGGGCUGUAUGGAGAUGUCCAGUCUGUCUCCUCUCUCAGGACAGAUUCUGAAGAGACUGAGUCCUCGUCCGCGGCUCAAGACCUGCUCGCUGACUUCAUGUGUUCGUGAUACCAGUCCCGGGCUCUCAGAAGAUGCUUCGUUUCCCAUCAGUCCCAGACAGAUUUCAUCUCCCACCUCUUCGUCUCCGGUCUCCAUCCACGCUGAGGAGGAAGAGCAGAAGAAAGCUGAAGAAACCAAGCCGGCUCCUGCAGCAAGCGUCAUCUCAUCUCCAGUGAUUUCCGUCCUGUCGCCCAGAGCCACACAGAUGGCCGGCUGUAUCCUCAUGUGUGAGCACAAACACAAGGCCAAAGCAAAGGCGGAGCUGAGUCUCAGACAGGAGCAGCAGGAGCGGCUGGUGGCCAGCGUCUCUAACUGUGAGUCUGAGCAGCUCAAACGCUACGAGGAGUUCAUGGAGCUCAAACAGAGACAGGAGUACCAGAGUAUGAGAGACAUGAUGGAGAAAGAGACACAGGAGAGUCUCGGCCGGCAGGAGAAGCUGCGAGAGGAACACAGACACAGAAUGAAAAUCCUGAACCUGCGUCUGCGGGAGGCGGAGCUUGAGCGACAGCGGGAGGCGGAGCUUGUGCGUCAGCGGCAGGUGGAGGGCAGAGAGCGGCACAGAGCUAUCAACGCCAUACAGGAGGAGGUGCUACAGCUCAACCAGCUCCUACAGCCACGCCCCUCCACACAUACAGACCCCGCCCUCGACCACACCCCCUACGUCACCCGCGGCAACCAACUCUGCUCGCAGGUCUCCAAAGUGGUGCCAGCAUCUGCAGAUGGUCAGUUUCCCAGCGUGGAGGAUUUGACCGUGGCGGAGCGAGCGCUACAGGAAAUGAGGUCACUGGUCAGAAACCUUCAGGACGAGGUGGCACAGGCUGCCGAGAGGAAGAGGAAGAAGCAGGAGGAAGAAGAGGAGAAGAAGAAAAGACACGAGGAGCUGAAAACCCAACAAGAGGAGCAGAAGAAAAACGCAGCACAGUCCGCCAAAGAGAAGACAAGGAAACAGGGUGAGGGAGCAAGUCUGCAGACAGGGGCGGAUGACAGCACUUUAAAAUGGUUCAACACCCUGCAGGAUUCGGCCAGUCGGUGCACUCAGGCGUUUGAUGAGCUCAGCACAGCUAAAGACACGCAGACCAAGAAAUUAAAAAUGGAGCUCCAAAAGGCCGCGACCACACCAGUGAGCCAGAUCGCAAACAUCUCCGGUGCUCCGCUGAAGGAGGCCUUUGAGAAGAUGGACAAGCUGUUGUCUGGUCGUCCAGUGACGUCCGCUGGAAAGACAGUGUCGACGUCCCAGCAUCCUCAGGGGUCGGAGUUUGUCGGUUAUAAACUAGCGGAGAAGUUUGUGAAACAAGGAGAAGAGGAGGUGGCGUCCAAUCAUUCGGCAGCGUUCCCCAUCGCCGCUGUGGCCUCAGGCAUCUGGGAACUGCAUCCUGCAAUCGGAGAACUUAUACUCGCUCACCUCCACAGGAAGUGCCCUUACGCUGUGCCACACUAUCCACCGAUGGAGCGAGGCACGUCUGUGGAGGAUCACCAGAAGUCAACGUGGCUCGCACAAAUCCUCAACAUGGAGCCACUCGCUGACAUCACGGCUACUAUUCUCUUCGACUUCCUGGAGGUCUGUGGAAAUGCUUUGAUGAGACAAUAUCGAGGGCAGUUCUGGAAACUGAUAUUGCUUAUUAUUGAAGAAUACUUUCCGAGGAUCGAAGCGGUCACCAGCACCGGUCAGAUGGGCUCCGUAACCAGACUCAAACAGUUUCUAGAGACGUCUUUAAGAACCAAGCAGAUUCCCGCUCCCAGGAGCGAGCUUGGCUCCGCCUUCUUCAAGUCCUGAUUGGUGGAAAUCAACCUGACAAAUGUUUAAAGAAAAAUGCUCUACACUGAAAUGAAGCAUAAGCCAACACUGUUUAGUGGAUGAAUGAGUGUUAAUGUGUUUUUCUCAUCUGUAGGAUUUAUUUAAUCGAGCAUCAUGCCUUCUUAAGUUCAAGUUUGUUUUCUUUUAUCGGAGAAAUAUAAGGAACUGAUGUCCUUAUUCUCAAUUUAGUUUAUGUUGGUGUCUUAAUGUAUCCAUACGAUCUCAAAUUCAUAAAAAAUAUCCUUUAACCAUCUGUUUUAGACAAGUGACAUUAACAGUAUUACAGUAAUCAGCUUAUUCUAUAAGCUUUAUUUCUGCAAUAUGGUGGAGUGUAAUUUCACGUGCGUACACUAAUAUGAAAUGUAGCCUACUGUAUAUUGAUGCGGAUAUUUAUGAUUUUAUAUGGUAUAAGGAUUAAACCAAGUACACCAAG